UUCAACGUACACCGUCACCCGACGUGGAUGCGCGCGGACGGUCGGCCCUUGGUCUCCCUGAGCGCUCGCCGGGACUUGGAAGAGUGGCGUCACGACAGGGAUCGUAUGAUCCGCCGCCAGGGUUACGCCACGUUUGCCCGCAGACAUGUCGACGCUGUCGUUAGUCACGAGAACUGGACGGACGAAAGUGGCAACAGCUCCCGGAGCGUGGACAGCAUCCUACACCACAUCAUCACCACGGAGGAAACUGUGCUUGGCCUUUCGUCGGCGAUUCCCGAAGAUGAUCCGGACCGGUAUUACGUCAUCGUCGACCUUUCACCCCAGAACGGCUCGUUUUCGUCGACGAUUGCGUCACCGGAAGCGCACGUCAUUCGCGAGACGGCCGUCGGGCAUCCGGCCACGCUGGCGUACAAGGACUUCCUGCAGACCAGGGUACCUGCUACAGAGCUGGCCGACUACGUCACGUGGGAGGUCGUACGACAACUCGGUCCACUGGCAGAUCAGCAGCUGUCUCACGGUAGCGUGGAGGGCAAAUGCUUCGACGCCGUCUACCACUUGAUGCCUUACCCUAGCGUGCUGCCCUACAUGGAACAACUGGAUUCGACCAAGGGAUGGGAAGAGGCGGAGCUAGUGUUUCGUGACGUCACCGAGUCUCUCAUCCGCUUCAUGAAGAGACGAGGCUUUGAACUUCCGUUCCCCAAUUCCAGUUUUGUCCUGGACCUUCCCACUGCGAGCCAGUUGGACGCCUUCUAUGGUGAACUCUCGCUGCACGAAACACCGCAGCAGGAACAGCCUUUUCUCGAGAGGUACCUGUCCAUACUGUCCCGCGUCCGCAGCAAGGAGAUCUUCAGCAUCGCUCAUGGAGACACUGCGUUUACCUACCCUAUGCCCCCUCCACCGACUGGAAAAGCGCAGGUCAGCGCGAAUGGCAAGAGCCGCGCACCGCUGACGUGGCUGCUGCCGCCACGGUUCGGCGCUGAUAUGCCUCCGGCGCUCAACGACGGCGGACUGGGCAUAGACCUGGCGGCGUCCGUGACGAAGUCCGCCUACUUGGACCACUCGUGGCUGGACUGUCUCGCGAGCUUCGAGCCCCGAGCCGACAUCCGGGGGGAGGACUUCGCAUUGGCUCGCCUCGCCCUCGUCGCCGAGGUCGUGGAAGAGUUUGUCGACCUGCACUCCGAGCUGGCGACGCCGCUGAUGUUGCCGGCCUUGGAGUCGCUGAGCGACGAGAAGCUCUUCUUCGUCGGUGGCUGCAUCGGGCUGUGCGCCAGGGGCGACCCGCAGGCGGCGCACAGGUGCAACGUCCCGGCCAGGAACCUUCCUCACUUCGCGGCCACCUUCGAAUGUCCGACGGGGUCUUACAUGAAUCCCCAGCAUCGCUGCCCUUAUCCUAACAGGUCGACGAGUGCAUAGUGACUGAGAACGUGUAGUUAGAGCUUGCCCGUCAUUCCUGUCGGGGACAGUCGCAAGUGUGUUAAUAUAAUUUUGCAUUAAGUUACUUAUGUGUGCAUUUAUUUCGUAAGCAAGCUAUAUCAAUGGGAAUUAAUGGUAACAACAUCGCUUCUACUUUAAGAGCACACGUAUUGUAGCAAAACAGACUAAUGGGCUAGCCGGCUAUCCAUGAACACUAAAAAAGUAUAGCGCUGAAAAACGAUACAGAAAAGGCAAGCAGACAACGGAAUGGUGCUUCUCUUUUCUGUGUUCGUCUUUUUUUAGCACUGCACUGUUAUAGUGUAAAAUGUAAAAUUUCAGAAAGUCUUAGAACUCUCAAAACGAGUCCCAUGACCCAGUGGAAAUGAUCACAAAGCAGUAACCAAUGUUAUCUAUUAAAAACAUAUCGACAUUGCAACCCUGAGUUUCUCAUUUAUUCUACGAUGCGACUUGCCAUGGUGCUUCGCUGAUCAAUGAUGUCAGCGACGAUGAGAGCCGAUAAUCUUUUAUUGCGUAUUAUUUUUGUACGGGGCGGUCUUAAUUCUUUGCUAGCAGGAAAUGCUUUC